CCUGGGCUCAGGCGGAGGCGGGGCAGACGCGGAUCUGACUUCCAACAUGGCGCACGCAGGCGGCGGAGGCUCCGCGGGCCGGGGGUUCGGCGGCUCCCGCUGGGGUCGUUCGGGCUCCGGAGGCCACGAGAAGCUGCCGGUGCACGUGGAGGACGCUCUCACCUACCUUGACCAGGUGAAGAUCCGCUUUGGCAGCGACCCUGCCACCUACAACGGCUUCCUGGAGAUCAUGAAGGAGUUCAAAAGCCAGAGCAUCGACACCCCUGGUGUGAUCAGGCGCGUGUCUCAGCUCUUCCAUGAGCACCCUGACCUCAUUGUGGGAUUUAAUGCUUUCCUCCCGCUCGGAUACCGCAUAGAUAUUCCCAAGAAUGGCAAGUUGAACAUCCAGUCACCUUUGGCCAGCCAGGAGAACUCCCACAGCCAUGGUGACUGUGGGGAGGAUUUCAAGCAGAUGUCCUACAAGGAGGACAGAGGCCAGGUGCCCUUGGAGUCGGACUCUGUGGAGUUCAACAAUGCUAUCAGCUAUGUGAACAAGAUCAAGACCCGCUUUCUGGACCACCCUGAGAUCUACAGGUCCUUCCUAGAGAUCCUUCACACCUAUCAGAAGGAGCAGCUGCAUACUAAGGGUCGUCCAUUCCGUGGUAUGUCUGAGGAGGAGGUCUUUACAGAGGUGGCCAAUCUCUUCCGUGGUCAGGAGGACCUGCUGUCAGAGUUUGGACAGUUCCUGCCUGAGGCAAAGCGGUCCCUGUUCACAGGCAGUGGGUCGUGUGAGAUGAACAGUGUACAGAAGAGCGAGGAGAAGAGCCUGGAACACAACAAGAAGCGCUCUCGGCCCUCACUCCUGCGCCCUGUGUCUGCUCCAGCCAAGGUGGGACUGCAAUUGAAAUGUGCAGUUGUAUGGUUUGGUUACUGCACAACUGAGGAGUGAAGGUGGCUGACAACAGUUCCUGCCCCGCUCAUCACCCCGUGAUGGUGGACCUCUAGUUCUCUCAUUCCGUGUGUUUGCUAGUUGACUUUCUAUAGUAAUAAAGUUGUUUUGGCAUUUCUGUUUA